AUGAAUGGAUUGUUCAAUGGCACAUCGGUGAAAAAGUUGCUGGGAUGGCGGAUUGGCGAAGAAGAGGAGAAGUUCGCCGAAAAAGCAGUGGAAACACUGGUGAAAAAACUGAAAAAGAAGAAUGGAGGAGUUGGUACGUUGGAAGAUCUGGAGUACGCGUUGGCUCAUCCAGGAUCCCACUCAAAGUGCGUAGCUCUGCCGAAAAGUCAGGAUGGAAGGUUGCAGGUCUCGCACCGAAAAGGUCUACCGCAUGUGAUUUACUGCCGCGUAUGGCGUUGGCCAGAUUUGCAGUCUCAUCAGGAGCUGAGACCGAUUCCCGAAUGCCUUUAUCCACAUGAUCAUAACAACAAAACGCCAUACGUCUGCAUCAAUCCCUAUCACUAUCAGCGUCUUGAUCCGACACGAGGUGCCCGCUUCAGCUACUCACCACCGAUUUCUUCCCCCGCCGUGUCAACUGCUGGCUCUUCACCGUCAUGCUCAGGACGGAUGGAUAUGACAUCACCGUCGAACAUCCCAUCGUCAUCCAGUUCACCUGAAUAUGAAAUGGCGUUCAGCCCUUCGUCUAUGCUGUCUGAAGAAGAUGGAGCCAGAAUGGAGCAGGUAAGGUGA